CUGUUCUUAUAAAUAAAACCCCAAAUCUUCACUGUUUCAUUCCCAAACCUUACUUAACCCCCAAAACAAUUCAUAAAACAUUAACCCAACCAAAUGGCCGAGGAGUUCACGGAAUCCGAGGUUGUUUUCUCAGACCACAGCCUCCGCCGAGGAGUCAAGGUGGCGCUGCCCCCGCCGCAGAGGAUCACAAUUUCAAAGCCUGUCAAUAUACCGGAUAGAAUGGUUCGGCGGUGGGAUUUCAACGGGGAGGAGGAAGAGUUGGAGGAAAUGAGGCCGCCGCAUGAGAUCGUUCGGCAGAGGGUGGCUGGAAAAAUGGCAUUCUCAGUCUGCACCGGGAACGGGAGGACUUUGAAGGGAAGAGAUUUGAGUCAGGUCAGAAAUUCGAUCCUCAGGUUGACUGGGUUUCUGGAAGCCUGACAUUGGAAGAAGCUGGAAAAAUUGAAAGCAAAAACAAUUGCCUCCAUUUCUUGCGUUGUUAUUGAUUGGUUGAUUAAUUGGGUUAGCUUGAGAUCGUUUUUGGAAUCUCCUUAAUUGUUUGUAACGGGAAAACAUUUGAAUUUAGAAAUAAAAUAAAUUUAUUCACAGAUUUUAA